AUGGCCUCCAGAAUAAAAACCUUCUCAAGGCUCCAGCUUUCACUGAAAUCCAAGGGAAGUGUAACACAACUACAUAAUGUAAAAGAAUACACAAAUACAUUUGAGGUACAAUAUAUUCUUAGAAAGAACGAGAAAAAUGAACCAACCUUCAUUCUUUUUGCACUCAACUGUAUGUGUUUCCUUUUUUUAGUGGAUUGUAUGUUUUUAUUUCCUGUUAUAUAA